AUGACUUAUCGAAUCAAGAGAACAAGGGAAAUACUUGUUGCCACAGCUAAGUCGCAUGAUCCACUGUUAGCAAAGUCACCAACUACAACUACUGCACGUGAGUCAUCUGCUAUUGAAGGACCUUUUUCUCCACCCAUUACCACUACAAAAUCUGACCAACAACCACCUAAUAGUUUAGGAUCCAUUUGGAAAAACCCUCGUGGUUCAACAUCGAGUUCAGUCAAAGAAGCAACUACAUCUGGUUAUCAGAAAAACUAUCCAGCAAAAGUUUCAUCGAAAGUCUCACCUAAUAUCCCACCUACCAUUCCACAAUCAAUUAGACCAGACUCAUCAUCGAACUCCCUUUCUACUUCUCAUAAACCAAUCGAGCAAGCUGUGAGACGAGGAAUUCAGAACCUUGAGACUGGUGCUGUUAAAACUUCAGCAAUAGCUCCAAAGAAUAAUCAAGAACGACAAAACAGUGGAAAACAAUCAGAAAAGAUCCCGAAACAAUCUAAGUCUCUACGACCAAAAGCACUUCCGGAUUGGCCUGCAGACAUAGAUUUUGACGACAAGGAGGAGGUUUUAACCAUAGAUGCUAAGGGUAAUACCACAUUAGUAAGUGGUAUUAUUCUGCCAAUUGAUGUAUGGAGUAAUAACGGCAUCCAAUACUAUGUCGAAUUCAAUGAUUUAUGCCAGCCAAUUAGGAAGGGUGAACAUAUUUUGGUUAAGUUCAUUAGUAUGAUUGCGAAGAUGGAGUCACAUUAUAUUGUCCAGUUGGGGAAAAAGAUUGGCAUGCAAUCGACAAGCAUUUUGAAAGGAAAAAUAAUUAAAGACAUAAGGGACCGUUUUCUGAUUCCUUCUGGUGCGGAAUAUGACAGCCAAGCUUUGAAGCGUGCCAAUAAAUGUUGGAGGCAGUUCAAAUACUCUCUUAAACUGAUUUAUUACAAGCCAUUGGAGAAGAAAUUGGAUGAUAUUUGUAAUAAUGUGCCACAUGGAAUUACCAGUAGUAACUUGGUUAAGUUGGUAAAAUAUUGGGAUUCGGAUUACGGGAAAACUAUGUCAACAUGCGAUAAAAAGGAAGAUGAACAUGGACAAAAAAUGAGCUUGUUAGCGCUGUAGAUUAAAACCCAUACGGGUAAAGACGGAAGAUUUCUUUCUAACACAGUCACUGAAGAUUUUGUGGAUGAUGUUAAAGCUAAGGUUGAAAAGCUGAGGAUCAUGCACCCUAAGAUGUCUGAAUAAGAGCUCGAAAAUGAAGCAUUUCAGCAAACUAUGUAUGGCAAUGAGAUUUCAGAUCGUACUGUGGGUUACGGAUUGGGGGUUAAAAAGGGGGGACAUUUUCGGAGUACGUGGUGUGUUAAGGAAUGAAGGGUAUGGAAAAGUUCAAAAGAUAAAUAUUGUGAUGGAUAGUGUUAAAGAAGAAGUGAAUGCUUUGCAUAAAAAAAUGAUACACUAUCUCAAGAAAAUGAAAAGCUGAAAGACCGGGUCGGCCACAAUAGUCUUCUACUUAAAGUACUUGUUGGACAAUUUUCUCAAAUUGUAGGUGUUAUUCGUCAAGGGAAUGCAUCUUCGGAUCUUUUUAACAAAGCAUCUGAAUUCUUAAGAAAGGCUAAGCAUCAGAUUGGAAAAGGCAAUGUAGGUGCAAC